AUGAAUAAACACCAUCAAAUUAUUACGUUAAAAGUCAAAGCCAAUAGGUAUUCGGGUAAUUCAAUUGAUUCGUCAAUUGAUAAAACAAUUUAUGUUAAUAAAGAUUCUUUUAAACAAGUUAAUUCAAAAUCAAAAUUAAUUAAUUUCUUAAAAUCAAAUACAAAUAAUGAAAUUGAUUUAUCUGAAUCAGUAAAAUUUCAAAGAAAAUCAAAAAAAUACAAGUCAUAUAUUGAAUUAUCAACUGAUGAUGAUUUUAAAUCAUUAUUCAGGAGUUUAAAAGUCAAGAAUCACGUCAAAUUAGUUUGUAAUGAAUAUGAAAAUGUCGAACAAGAUACCGAAUCUACUUCCUCUUCCACUACAGCUUCUAUUAAUGAAGAAGAAGUAAAAAAGAAUGAAAAUGCUUCAGGUUCAAGUUUACCUUUUGAAAUUUUAACUCAAUUAUUACAAACUAAAAUUCAUGAUUAUACAGAUAAUUCAAAAAAGAGAAAACUUAAUGAUUUAAACUUUGAUCAUUUAAUUGAUGGUUUGAUUGAUCAUGUUUCUGAAUUAUUUGUUAAUAAACCAGGAUCAACUGAUGAGAAAUCAUCAACUACUUCAACUGCCGAAACAUCAAAUGAUAUUAAUAAUGAAGUUGUUCAUCCUUUUGUUUGUUGUGAUAUGUGUCAUCCAGAUGAUUUUGUUGCUUUAAAAGGUGUCAGAUAUGCUUGUUUAAUAUGUCCUGAUUUUGAUUUAUGUGCCACUUGUGAAUCAAAGAAUUUAAAUUAUGGUCAACAUUUAUCGUCACAUCCAAUGGCUAAAAUUUCAAAACCAAAUGAUUUAUUUGAUAGAAAUAAAUUUAAUUUGAAUAAAUUUAAUAAUACUGCUCAAGAUGAUAUUAUAUAUGAUAUUCCAUUAGAAAAUUGUAAUUUUGAAACUAAGCAUAAAUUGGAAAACUUAUUAUCGUCAGAAGGAAUUAGUGGAUUUAUUAAUAAUGUUGAAAAAUAUAUUAGUGAUUCAGAAAUUUUGGAUGAAUUAUUGAAUUCAGCUGCUCCAGAGGAAGAUGAUCAUGAUAUUAAGCUUGGUAUUUUGAAAAGUAUAAUUGAUUCUUUUAAUAAAGAAGAUACAGUUUCAGUUUCACCACCUUCUUAUUCUGCUGGUGAUGUUAUUGCUUAUGUUAAACAUGGAGUACCUGGUGUUUCAAGUUUGAUUAAUUUAGAAAUGGUUAAUAAUUCAGAUGAGGUUAUCGAAGGUGGUGAUUUCCAAUUUAAAUUUUAUAAAGAAAACAAUGUUUUAACUGAAUCAAUUGUAGUUAAAGGUGUUCAGGCUAUAAAACCAAAUCAAUCAAAAACUUUCAAUUUAAGAUUAAAUGAUGUUUCCAAUACGAUUGCAAUUUUAAAAUUGAAAGUAAUUACACCAACUGUUGAAUUUGAAGGUGUUUAUAAAUAUUAUGAUACUUUUAUCUUAUACAGCAAUUCCUUCAAGAAUUUAAAUGAAGAUGAAGAUAGUUCAGUUUUGAAUAUUUUAGAUAUAGAAGAAAAAGAAUUAGAUAAUUUAGUUUUAAAUUCUUCAGAUUUGGUUUCAUUAGCGUUAGUUCCUAAAUCAGGUACUUUGUCACAAGUUAUAAUUACAAACAAGUCAAAUAAAGUCAUUAAUACUUCAUCUAUAUAUAUUCAAAUUUUUAAUUGUUUUGGUGCAUCAAUCGCUGAUUAUGAAUUUGAUAAAAAAAAUGGAAUAGCUCCUGGUAAAACUGGCAAAUUUAAUAUUAAUUUAAAUGAUAAUCAUACCAAAUAUCCAUUUAAGAUUACUGUUGAAAAUGAAUUUAAUAUUGGAUUUUGUAAUUUAGAUAAUAAGAAUAUGUCUGGAAAUUUAAAAUUUGAAGCAAAAUCAUACUACCAAGAUAAAUUGGAAAAAAAACAUGAAGAUAAAGGAUUAAAUAAUAAAGAUGAUGAAGAAAUUGAAGUUCUUAACUCAACAGAAUUAUAUAAAUCAUAUGAAGAACCACAAGUUGAUGACAAAGUUGCUGAUUCAACUGAAUUAUAUAAAUCAUAUGAAGAACCACAAGUUUCAUCAACUACAUCAUAUUAUACUAAUGAAGAAGUUGAAGAAGUAGUUCAUCCUAAUGUAUGUUGUGAUGUUUGUUAUCCUGAUGAUUUUAUUCCAUUAAAAGGUGAUAGAUUUAAUUGUACAAUUUGUUCAAAUUUUGAUUUAUGUUCCAAUUGUAAUUCAAAUCAACAAUUGCAACAAUUAAAUUAUGGUGGUCAUUUAUAUUCUCAUUCAAUGGUAAAAAUUUCAAAACCGGGUGCUAAACCAAUAAAACAAGAAAUUGCAAAAGAAACUACCUCUGUACAACAAGAAACUGAAAAAGAAGAAGAAAAAUCAAAAAUGAGUUUACCAAAAGAUGAAAAUGAAGAUUAUGAAAUUAUUAGUUCUUCUGAUGAUUCAGAUUUUGAAAUUUUAUAG